AUGCUAUGCUGCCUGAUAAGCGCGGCUGCAGAUAAGGAUAAGUACGACGUGGUGGUGGUUGGCGCCGGGCUCAGUGGCCUCCAAGAUGCUCACUCGGUGCGGGCAGCGGGCUUCAGCGUGUGCGUCUUGGAGGCUACCAACCGCAUCGGCGGGAAGACGUUGACCGUCCAGUCUUGCGAAAAAGGUUUCAAUGAUCUGGGUGCAUCCUGGAUCAAUGAUACCAACCAGAGCGAAAUGUUCAAGCUAUACCAGCGGUAUGGUAUUGACACCGAAAUCCAACGCGACAGUGGAGAAACCCUUCUGCAGGCAGCGGACGGGUCAAUUGCCAAGGUACCAUUCGGCACUCUGCCUGGAAAUCUGGAAGUAAUGCUAGCGCUGCUUGAGGUGUUUCGAACCGAAUGCGCGCUGAUCGACUUGGACAACCCGACCAAAACUGCUCGCGCCAGAGAGAUCGAUCAACUCACGUUCCGCGAGUUCUGCGUUCAACAAGCACAGUCGGACGAUGCAAUUGAGAUCUCUAACUUACUGUCCACAUGCGUGGCCGGGGUGGAGAGUGACGAAGUCAGUGCCCUGUUUAUGCUGCUCUACUUCAAGAGUGGCGCUGGGAUCGACAACAUUAUCUCGGACCAGAAAGACGGCGGACAAUACCUGCGAAACCGACAAGGAAACCAAAUAAUUUCCCAGAAGAUGGCAGAGGAGCUUGGCCAGAACUGCGUCUUUCUCCGCAUGCUGGUUACUUCUAUUGACCAGUCGCGAGAGGGACGCUGUGUUGUCUCCACGGAGGGCGGCCUGAGCUUUUAUUCUGGAAGAGUGAUCGUCUCCAUCCCUGCAUCUCUGUAUCAUCAAAUUGCCUUCAAACCUGCGCUGCCGGGGCAAAAGGCUAUAUUGAGCGACAACACGGCAGCGGGAUAUUAUAGCAAAUUGAUCUACGUGUUCAACGAGCCUUGGUGGCAAAAAGCUGGGUUCUCGGGUGUCCUAGAUUCUGACAAGGGCCCAAUCACUUUUACUCGGGACACAAGUAUCCAAACUGAUGACCAGUGGUCGAUUACUUGCUUUUUGGCUGGUGACAAAGGCAGGAACUGGUCUAAGCUGCCCCGGGCCUCCCGCCACCAGAAGGCCUGGGAGCAGUUCAGUCAGAGAUUUGGCGAAUUUGUCGACGUUCCUACGCCGACCAACACAUUGGAGAUGGAGUGGUCCAAGGAGGCUCAUUUUCUUGGUGCUCCUUGCCCAAUCACAAUUCCGGGGGUACUCACCAAUAUAGGCGGUGAACUGGCCACGCCUGUUGGGCGGGUGCAUUUUGUAGGCACUGAGACCUCCAACCAGUGGCGUGGAUACAUGGAGGGCGCUGUCCGAUCUGGCCAGCGUGGAGGCGCUGAGGUGGUCAAGGCAUUGUUAGUAGAGCCUGCUGCCUGUCUGCGAGAUAGCAGUUAUCUUAGUGUAUCCUUCUAUGGAAAUCGAUGCGAGUGUCUUUCUGCAGAAGGGAACAACAAUAAUACAGUAGUAGAAUGA